AUGUCCUUCGAGUGGACAUCACAACCGUUAUCAAUAAAAUCAAUUGCAGCUCAAUAUUCGUUACCAGUUGCUAUUCGAUCGGCACCCGGUUUUCGUGGUUCGACUCGUCCAAUUAUUUUACAUUCCAUAUCUCGUAUUACAUUUGCAUUUGGACGUGCUUUGAGAGCUAGCAAAUCAGCAACAAAUGGAUAUGUUUCGUAUGCGCCAGUCGAUUCAGAAAUAGUCGCUAUACCUUUGAAAUAUCCUGGAUAUUUUGAAUGUUUACCAUCACAUAACAUUGGACAACUGACUGGUGUUAGUCCUGAAAAGAGUAUUCAAACAGUUGUCGAACGCAUGCAACUGGAUCAUCGACCUCAAACAUUUUAUAUAGCAUCACCUAUGCGUGUCUAUACAGUUGAAACUAAUGAUAGAGGUGUUUCCAGUCGUAUAUGGCACAACGUUGAAGCUCAUCAAAUAAUCUUAUUCAACAAACUUGUUCAUGUUGAAUAUACUCCAACAAUAAACGAUAAUUUAACAGAUGAUGAUUAUGAAUUUUCAUGGUGGUUUUGUUUUGGUAGACAAAUAUUAAAUCGAAAUGAAUAUGCAUUAAAGUGUCGUUUAUCACAACAACAAAAAUGUUAUGUUCCAUGUUCAUCAACAGAUGAAGUUAAUUUAAUACCUGUUGGUCAACAUGGUUCAACUAAUGUAAAUAAAUUACAGACAAUUUAUAAUCUUAUUGAACAAUUUCCAACUCCUUUGAAUAUUAAAUUAGCUCAACUACCUGGUUCAUAUACACAUCAAGAUUUCAGUGGUAGUUUACAAGUAUUCGGCUCUCAUUCUGAAGAAUUCGCUGUAUGUGCAUCAUUAACAUCAUCACAUAUUGCUGUCAUUCCAAAAAAUACUCCACUUAAAUUUGUUGUUUCACCAUUAUCAUCAUUAUCAUCGGAAAUUCGACUGAUUCUAUCAAGAUGUCAAAUGUUUGUACAAUCAUUUGAUAUGCAAAUUCGCCGUAUUCUUGUAUCGUCUCAUCAUAAUGCUUCAGCCCGUCGUGUUCGUUCACGAAAUCCGAAAACUCAAGCAGCUAUUGAAAAUCAUUUUAAACAGUUAAAACGAUCAUGUAGUGCUGAUCCAAAUUCAUCGAAAAAAGAUGAUCAAGCAACAAAUACAACCGAUGAAGGUUAUCGUUCAGGUUCAUCAGCAACUAAUAAACGAUAUAAUUAUAGAAAACAACGAGCUGUUAGUUUUGAUCUCGAAAAUAGUUCACAACAUACUCAGCGUCAAAGAAGAUCAUCAACAGGUGAUAAUGAAAAAUAUAAUUUACUUUCUCAUCAUGUUCAAAAAAACAAAGAAUCAUCAUCAUCAUCUCCACCUCCACCUGCAUUACCAAAAAAACCACCUAAUUUUCCUUAUCCAACAAUGCCAUUUACUUAUGAUAGUGGAAGCAAUAUAAUUGAAGAUAUUGAUUCAUCGAAUGCGGAUGGUUCCAUUGUAAUGGAUUCAAGUCAUGAACUAUUUUUAGCUUUACCAUCUCAUAGUCGAUUUACAUGA